AUGCUCAAACCUCAUAACCAUUUUGGCGGGGCAGAUCUCCUUCCAUUUUGGCCAUAUCUCGAAAUUGCUAAUUCUGAGGCUUGGGCGGAACAGUCUAACAGGGGUUAUCCCAUUUACUUUGGGAAACCCUUCAUCUUUUUAGCAGCUUUCAAUGGCGUUCAAUCAUUUGGAGGGGGUAUUUCACAUGAUUUAAGUCAUCUGAAGUGCUUGAAAUAUUUAUAUUUGGAUGUAAAUAACCUGUCUGGUAUGAUUCCUCCCUUACGCUAUAAUUGGUCAUCUGCCAUUGAAUUUUUUGUAUCUGGCAACAUUCUGUCUGGAAAUUUUACUCCAAACAUGAGGUUUAAUUUUCCUCAACUCCGCAAGUUUUGCAUAGCAGGGAAUCAGUUUACCGGAAUAAUUCCAGAUACACUAUCCAAUAUUUCAGGACUUGAACUUUUGGAUCUAGGUAACAAUUAUCUAACUGGCCAAGUCCCUGAUAGCUUAGGAGUGCUCAAGGAUCUCUAUUGGUUGAGCCUUGAAUUCGAUAAAUUAGGAAGGGGCACCACGCCCACUUUUGGAAAUGAAACCGAUAAGCUUGCAUUGCUGGCCUUCAAGAAUUAUGUAGCUAACGUUCCAAAUGGAGUUCUGAGUUCCUGGAAUGACUCUCUGCACUUCUGCCAGUGGGAGGGGGUUACAUGCAGUCACCAACUUCAGAGGGUCACAGCCUUGAGGUUGGAGAGUCAGAGAUUAGCUGGUUCCUUGCCUCCUAUUGAGAACUUAACAUUUCUCAGAGAGUUGGAAUUGUCCAACAAUAACUUGCACGGUACCAUCCCAGUGAUAUUGGCCAUUUGCCACGGAUGCAACAUCUCAAUCUGA